UUUAUAUCUCCAAUAAUUAAGUUUAUAUUUCCAAAAACUUAUCUUUUGAUAAACCUUAUUGGCCGAUCUGGUCGGCUUCGAGAUGAACGGGUUUAGUGCUAUAAAAUGGACUGAUUACUACAUUGUAUGAUCCGAGUUUGGAAAUAGAAUACCUUCCGACUAAUGAUAGGGGGUGAACCGAUCAUCUGUUACGAUACACCAUGUAAAUCACUUGGGCCGAAACUCAAACCCAAACUGGUCAAGUGAUGAUAAUUUAAUUCAUAGAGAAAAUCAAACUCAUGAUUGAUGUGGAUACACACCAAACCCCAAAGAUUACUACUAAGCUACCACCACUUAAUUCCCAAAAACUUCUUUGUAUAGUAGUGAUCAUAUUAUAUAUAGUAAAUGAUUUUUUCGUGAGAAACUUAUAAUGAACUCCUUUAUAUCUGAAAGUUUCAUGAUAUUGUUUUGUAUGGUAUUGCCGUGUUGGUCACAUAUAUAUUUGGAAAGUAUGCUGGAAACGUCUUCGACACUUCUUUUUGCGUUACAGAUAAAGGACAUGUGAAUCUCCAACAUUUAAAAGUCGGUAAAGAAAUAUUCAAAUUAUAAUUCUUCUUAGAAACUAUAGCCCUGGACACGUUCUACCCAUAGGGUUAAAAUAAGCUCAUAGAGAUUGUAAUGUUUGUCUAUAUCAAAUAAUUGUUGGAUAAGUCCAAGACAAUAAUGCAGAAUUGUUCUUUAGUUUUUUGCUCAAGGAAACUAUGCGACAUACGACUUAAUACUUUUUCCUCUUUAACCACUUCAAAAGUUAGUAACAAUGUUUAAGUUAACAAGUUAACUAAGCAACUGUCGUCAUCAUUUAGCGUAUAUGAGCGAGAGCUAUGUUGUCGGCUUAUUGUUAAAUGACUUUACUAAGAUGAAAGUCGAUGAGAAAUUCAUUAAAAUUAUACUUGUGUACUUGACUUUCGAAUACUGUAUGUCUCUAAUGACACUGAUUAAACAAUUUUGUAAAACAUAAUUGUCGUCGACUCUCCGCUCAUACGUGUGUAUAUAUGUUUUCUCAGAAGACAUUGUUUAUCUAGACAUCACACAUUUGUUGACAUUUGCAUUUUGCAUUUAUUCUAAGUAAUAUAGAGUGUCAUUUUAAUAAAUUUGAAUUGGCAAGUGUUUCUAAUUAAAAAAUUCAUUUCAUUUUACACACAUAUAUUACCAAAUUUGAACUCGAAUUAUUUUUAUAUAUUUAUGAAUAAUAGAGUGUUUAUUGUCGGCUAAAUUAAAGCUAAAAAUGUAAAACUCUAAACCAAUAAAAUAACUAAUCAUCAUAUAUAUAAUUAAGCUAAUCUUUACAUAAUGUCGGUUAAGCAAGACAAAGUCGGCUCUGACUUUUAUAUAACAAUGUAUAUUAACGUUGAUCGAGCAUCACCUUCUGAUUUAUCAAAUUCACAUCUUUUCACAAAUUAAAACACAUCCUUUACACUCUUUUUUUUAAUAUUCUCCUCGAUCACAUAUACAACAAUGAGCCGAAAAUACUCGGAUCGUCGAUCAUAUUCAUGGUCUGGACAAGCAAGACCAUACAUAUGCGAUUUUUGCGAGAGAGGUUUCUCCAACGCACAAGCUUUAGGAGGGCACAUGAACAUCCACAGAAAAGACAGGGCAAAGCUGCGACAAGCGAACUUAAAAGAAGAUGAUCGUGAAGACUCCACGUGCACCACUUCGAGAAAUCGGCUCGAGCAAGAUCUGAUUGAAUUGCCUUUCUUCGUUGAUACGGUCAGUUCAUCAACAAAACAAGACAAAAAUACAAGUGGAGACUAUUUGAGAGAUGAAGAAGAGAAGAAAAUGAGGAUGCUUCAAAAAGCUUUGUCUCAAAGUGCAGAAGUGAUAGAUCUUGAGCUUCGUCUAGGACUAGAUCCUUAUAAGAAAUCACCAAGUACGUAAUUAUAUAUGUGAUUAUUAUAAUCACCAAGUAUAUAUGUAAUCAUGAAUAGUUAGAAUUUGUUUUGUUCGUUUGAUUAUUUAUUGAUGUGUUAAUAUUACAAUAAAACUAACAUUAUAUACGUAAUAGUUUCUGAUUUUUAUGCGUUUUUAUCAUUAUUAUGUUAUCACAAUGCUUUUUUUUUUUGUUAAAGGGUUUGUUAUCAUAUUAUACGAAAUAAACUUACUGAUUAAAUCCAAACCUGAAUUCGUAACUUAGUGAUUCAUAUCAUUAGUUUGUAAUAGUAUCUGAUUUUAUGCGUUUUUAUCACAUUUGCUGCUUUGUCUAAGUUCAUUUUUGUUCGCCUGAAUUCGCAAUAUAGUUUCUAAAUUAAUAGAAAUCAUCAACUUAGUGAUUAAACCCAAAUAAAAUCAAAACCAAUCAGAACAAAUAUAUAAAAAGUAUUUUCUUAUAUAUUUAUAAUUAAUAUAGUGAUUAUUAUGGACUAGGUAUGUUAGUGUUUUAAUACAAAAGUUUACAAUGUCAACGUAAAAUCAUCAUCGCACGACAAUAAUCACAUUACGUUAUCCCUAUAUUUGUCGACUGUUGAGAAGAGUCGGCGGUUCUGACUUUAAAUACUUAAAUCAUUAUCACAUUCACAUUAUAUAUAGUUUUAUAUUGCUAACCACAUUCAGUAUCUAAACAUUACCUUGUGAUCUAUAAAUUUGACAUCUCUUCACAUAUUUAAACACUUUAAUUUUCAUAAUUUGUUUAUAUAUCCUCUUAAUCAUAUUAGAAAUGAAUAGAAAAUACAUGGAUCGUCGAUCAUAUUCAUGGUCUGGACAAGAAAGACUAUACUUAUUCUAUUUCUGCUAGAGAGCUAGCUUCUCAUUACACAAGCUUAAGGAGGGCACAUGAACAUCACAAUUCACAUAUAUAACGUUGCAUUAUAAUAAAUGUAUGUGUGUCCAGGGCGGACCCAGGUAAAGCUUGGGUGUGGCAUGCGCCCCAUGCUGUUUUUUUUUCAAAAAAUAACCUACAAUUUAUGUAAAUGCCCACGUUCUAAAUAUGUUUUACACUAUGUACCCCCAUACUAAUUUAGUUGCUGGAUCCGCCGUGUGUGUGUCAAGUGUAUAUGUGUAUGAGAAGAAAAAUACACACUGAUGCAGAGAGAGCAUGAGUAUGAUGAUGAGAACUAGCUGCGGUGAUUUCAUGGUUUGGUGAAGCAUUAACUACUUAGGGUUUCUUACGAACACAAAAGCGUUUAUAUAGAGACCAACAAUGUGAGUCUAAUUAAGGCGUGAUGUAGCUCUGAAGUUUAAAUGAUCGAUAUUUAUCUACGACAAAUUUAAGAAAAAGGAUGAUUCGAUGUAAAUACUUAGAGUGGAAAAUAUGGAAAUUAGGAACGAGGUAGCAAAAGUUUCUAAAAU